UCCACUUUCCAACCAGCCUCAAGUCAAGAGAGAGGAUGCGCAGGUUAAUAACAUUCGCACCGUUCCUCUUCCCUCUAUUUCGUCUCUUCUCAUCUCCGCUCCGCUCCUUCAAACCCUUUUUUUUCGAUCCUGAAACUAUCUACAUUUCUCUCUGAAGAAAUCCGACACCGAGGCCGAUUUUCAUGCCGGGGUCUUCGAAACUCCAUUUGGACCCAGCAAUCCAUGCCAUUAUUGCCGUCAGUUCCACCGCAUGUUAACUCCACAGCUUCUGUCUUCUAUUCUCAAUUCCCUUUAGAUUUCUGGUUGUUUUGGAGUUUGAUUUAGAUUGGAGACCUGUGUGGUGGCAAUCAUGAGUGGUAGCAACCAGUUGAUCUCUGUUCAUCCCGAAGAGCUCAAGUUCAUAUUUGAGCUGGAAAAACAGUGCUAUUGUGAUCUGAAAGUAGCCAACAAAACCGAACACCAUGUUGCCUUCAAGGUCAAGACAACUUCACCCAAGAAGUACUUUGUACGACCAAAUACUGGCGUUGUACAACCUUGGGAUUCAUGUGUCAUUACAGUCACACUACAAGCACAACGAGAAUAUCCUCCAGAUAUGCAAUGCAAGGACAAAUUUCUCCUGCAGAGUACCAUAGUACCUCCAAAUACUGACGUUGAUGACAUCCCGCAGGAUACUUUCAACAAGGAUGGUGAGAAGGCAAUAGAGGAGUGCAAGCUCAAGGUUGUAUAUACUACUCCAGGUCAAGGGACCUCAGAGGAUGAAGGAUCACUUACACAGAAGUCCAAACAGAACCUGAACUCCAACUCUGUGCUGAGCACUUCAAAUCCUGAAGAAGUUCGUAAAGUGCAGCGACUGAAGGAAGAAAGAGAUGAAGUUAUUCAACAAAAUCAGCGAUUGCAAAGGGAACUGGAUUUGAUGAAGAGACGAAGAAAUCGGGGAAGUGUUCCAGGAUUCUCGUUAGCAUUUGCUGCUUUCGUGGGACUCGUUGGAAUCAUGUUUGGCUUCAUAUUAAGAGUUGUAUUCUCUGCACCAUCUGAAGAGUAACUUGACUAUCUUCAGAAUCUUGGGAGUUAGGCUUCCUGUCUGGAACAUGUAUUUUUUUUUAAUUUUAUUUUCUGUCAAAUGGAAAUAUGUUUAUUUUGAUAUAUCCAUUGUACAUCAAUUACUAUGCAAAAAGACAUUAUUCAUCAUGGUUAAAGUGGCCCACCUAGAAUAAUGAAAAAAAUGGAUCAUUACUGGUCAU